CAUUCUUCCCCAACGAUUGGCUAACCUCCUCGCCCAGAUAGUCCUCUUAAUAAUCUCACUGUUGUGCAAGUCUCUUUCUAUCGCCGGAGGAAGAUUCUUUACCUCUCCAGAUCCCAGCCAUCAGAUACAUAGGUGAGACAUGCCUGCGAUCCCCUCCCUUAAAGACAGCAGUGUUCUGGGCCCUAUCGGCCCUGUGUGCCCGCACGCUGCCAGGCUACGUGUCACCAAUGGCAAUGGGGAUGCCAACGGAUCCUCCAAGAUCCAGGAAGGGCCGUUACAACUCCCAACCAAGGGGGGCGUCAGAGACAAGCUAGAGGUGGAGGACGUGACUGAAACCAUCCAGGCGGUGGGGGAGAGGAAGUGGAUCCGUCCCGACCUGCCCAGCCGGUGCACCUGGAGGCUGGGGGGCAGCCACGCCGACUCCCCCCACACCCAUCCUCAACAGACCAAAGCUCCUAAAAUCCUCACCAACAUCCUCCGGAGGAUCGGUGACACCCCGCUGGUGCGCAUGAACAAGAUCCCCAAGACCUUCGGCCUCAAGUGUGAAAUCUUGGCCAAGUGUGAGUACUUCAACGCGGGCGGCAGUGUGAAGGAUAGGAUCAGUCUGCGUAUGGUGGAGGAUGCAGAGAGGGCAGGACAUCUCAAACCAGGAGACACCAUCAUAGAGCCCACCUCAGGGAAUACAGGUAUCGGUCUGGCCCUGGCUGCAGCUGUGAAGGGUUACCGCUGUAUCAUUGUCAUGCCUGAGAAGAUGAGCAUGGAGAAGGUGGAUGUUUUGAGAGCCCUGGGCGCAGAGAUCGUCCGUACGCCCACCAGCGCUCGUUUCGAUUCACCAGAGUCUCACGUGGGCGUGGCUUGGCGUCUGAAGAACGAGAUCCCCAACUCUCACAUCCUGGACCAGUACCGUAACCCUAGUAACCCCCUGGCCCACUAUGACACCACAGCAGAGGAGAUACUGGAGCAGUGUGAUGGGAAAGUGGACAUGCUGGUGGCAGGCGCUGGCACAGGCGGCACCAUCACUGGCAUUGCCCGCAAACUGAAGGAGAGGUGCCCCAACAUCAAGAUCAUCGGUGUGGACCCUGAAGGCUCCAUCCUGGCUGAACCAGAGGAGCUGAACAAGACAGACAAGACCCAGUACGAGGUGGAGGGCAUCGGAUACGACUUCAUCCCCACUGUACUGGACAGAUCAGUGGUGGAUAGCUGGUACAAGUCUAACGAUGAGGAGUCCUUCAACAUGUCCCGUAUGCUGAUCAGAGACGAGGGCUUGCUGUGUGGUGGCAGCUCAGGCACGGCCAUGGCAGCGGCGGUGAGGGUGGCCAAGGACCUGAAGGAGGGCCAGCGGUGUGUGGUCAUCCUGCCAGACUCCAUCCGCAACUACAUGACCAAGUUCCUGAGUGACAAGUGGAUGUUCCAGAAAGGCUUCCUGAAGGAGUCAGACAUCAUGGUAAACAAACCCUGGUGGUGGAACCUGAAGCUGCAGGGGUUGAACCUCUCUGCCCCUCUGACCGUCCUGCCCACGGUCAGCUGUCAGAAGACCAUCAAGAUCCUGAAGGAGAAAGGCUUUGACCAGGCCCCUGUAGUGGACGAGGCUGGGCUGAUCCUAGGAAUGGUUACUUUGGGGAACAUGCUGGCCUCUGUGCUGGCUGGGAAGAUCAAACCCUCAGACCCAGUCAACAAGGUGAUCUACAACCAGUUCAAACAGAUCCGUUUGACUGAUAACCUGGGGAAGCUCUCUCGCAUCCUGGAGACGGACCAUUUUGCCCUGGUGGUACACGAACAGAUCCAAUACUUGACGGACGGCUCCCCCAGCCUGAAGCAGAUGGUGUUUGGUGUGGUGACGGCCAUCGACUUGCUCAACUUCGUCACGGCCAGGGAGAAGAGGGAGAGGUCCUUCUCUGAGUGCAGUGACCUGUGACCGUGUCCCCGUGACGGCUGGGUCAUGUGCGCACAAACACCUCGUGUACACACACCUCGUGUACACACACUUGGAACACAUUAAUUAAACAUACAGCUCACAACCAUACACAAACACACUGUGACAUUAAUGACAAUAUAAAGAACAUGAGGUCGUAUGAACUUGAUUGGUGGACAAACUGUUGUUGCUGCUUUCUCAUGACAUGUGAGUCAUUUAGCAGAUGCUCUUAUCCAGAGCGACUUACAGAUAGUGAGUACAUACAUUUUCAUACUGUUUCCCCCCAGCUGGUCCCCCGUGGGAAUCCAACCCACAACCCUAGCGUUGCAAGCAAAAUGCAUUCAUAUGAAAGUCUUAAAUCUUUGCUAUAUUUUUCUAGCUUGAUCAUAGAAUGUAGACACUGCCUACAGAGGGAAUUGCCAUGUUGCUCUGUAGUGUUUAUUUAAAUGAUCAGACUGUACCUCUUCCCAUGUACUGAAUCAAUAAUUGUGAAGCCAAUCUUUACUGGGGGAAAAAACGGUUUUAAUUGUGAUCAAUCAAUCAACUCAUUUUAACGCUAUGCAUAAUGACGUAACACUGCACAAUUACAAAAAGGUUUGGGAAACAGACCUGUAUGUAGAUGUAUUUUUAAAGGUCCAAUGCAGCUGUUUUUAUCUGGAUAUCAAAUCAUUUCUGGGUAACAAAUAAGUAUUUUACUGUGAUUGUAUUCAAUUGAAACAAGUAGCUUCUUAGCAAAGAGCAAUUUCUCAAGCAAGACUUUAGCUAGGACAGUUUGGGAGUGGUCUGAGUGGGGAGGGGAAAACUCAAAACUAGCUGUUGUUGGAAGAGAGAUUUGACUUUAGCUAGGACAGUUUGGGAGUGGUCUGAGUGGGGAGGGGAAAACUCAAAACUAGCUGUUGUUGGAAGAGAGAUUUGGAACAUUUUGCUGUUGGUCUAUUUAAAAAUGUAGCGCAUGACGAUGUCACCAUGGAAAGUCGAAACUCCCGCCCAUGCUAACCUGCUGAUUAGAAGGUCCUGUGUAGAUUACAUUUUCAACCAGCAACUAUCAGGAAAUAACACUAAUAAAAUGUCUUCACAUUUUUACAGUGUCAGUUUCAUCAUGUAUGAUAUAAAUCACAGGAAAAACUGCAUUUUCAGACAGUGUUUUUCCUGUGUUUACAUGCUGUUGCACCAAAACAGGCUGGAAUUUCAGGCGGCCUUUUCAAACAGCUCUGACACUAAAAGGGCAUCAGAAUUUUAGCAAUUUACAUUUGAGUUAUUUAGCAGACGCUCCUAUCCAGAGUGAUUUACAGUAAUGAGUGCAUACUUUUUCAGUCAAUCUAAUGUAUUUAUAAAGCUCUUUUUAUAUCUGCAGAUGUCACAAAGUUCUUACACAAAAAACUCAAAGAGCAAGCAAUGCAGAUGUAGAACAUAUUAAUUGUACUGUACUUUUCAACGUCAUACUUAAUGAAAAAUCUGAAGUUUUGUUUCUGGAAUGGUCAAAUAUGUCUAGCUAGUAGCUACCAAAAUAUCAUUUUUUACAAGAUCAUAUGAAAUUAAAUAGUAUGAUUCAUAUGCCAGUAUAAUACAAGGUCAGAGAUAAUUUGGUGUGCCAACAAUGUAUUUGUACGGUUGUUUAUGCUUUUCACUUUGGAUGUAUCAGAGUAAAAAGUCUUAUCGGGAUUUGUGUACUAUAAAAUCACUUUAUAAUCUUAUGAAAAAAUAAAGUUGUUAAAACAUCUCUGAA